CAACGACCGGCGAAGGUCUAUCACGACUACUACUACUACUAGCUGGCUAGAUCUACAAAAAAAUCUUGAAAAGUCUUCUGCGCGCGGCCUUCUAUCUUGUAUCACGAACAAGAUCUUCAAACUCUCUCGUUACAACAAUGCGAGCGUUGUUGUCUCGGAGGCGCGAGCCUCAGUUUGCGGAUGGUCGGCACCGCAGUUCAAACGCCGACGGAGCUGAGAACAGCGUACCUAGUGAAACCACUUCAAAAUCCGCCUCUGGUAUUGCAAGCAGCCCAAGUGGCCAGCAGCAGGACGACGAGGUCGAGGACGAUGAUGAAAGUGAAGACAGCAGCAAACAGGAGCAAUCACAUUCUCAAUCGCAAUCGUCGUAUUCCCAGUCCCAGAAGUCGCAAAAAUCCGGACAAGAAAAAGGCAACGCAGGUAAAGAAGAAGACGAUGGUGUCGUGGUUGAUCUAUUGGGCGGCUCAAACUCGAAUCCAAUAAAUGCUCUGGACCAAGCGUUCGGCGAAGAUUCCUCUGCAUCAUCCUCUUCGUCUGCCAGCAAAAGUAACAGCAAGCAGAGCAGCGGCCAUAUACCACGGAGCGGCGGCGGCGGCAGCAGUGGCAGCAGCAGUCGUAUGACGUCGAAGGACCGCAACCCAGAUGACGAAGUAGAAGAGUCGUCCUCCCGUAAACAUGCUGCUUCAAAGGGUAAUGGAAGUGCAAGUGCCUUGGAUCUUGAGAAUGAUUCGAUGUCCGUUCCGUCGAGCAGUAAGGGACGCAGCGGUCUUGCGUCCCCUAGAGAUGCUCCGGAGGGCGAGUGCAUCCCUGGUCUGUUCAGAAGCAAGGCAAAAGAGGAAACAGCCGAUGAGCAAGUGGCCAAGAACGCGGAUAUGAAGCCCGAUGCUACCGCUUCAGUCACCAAUACUAGACAGCAGUUUGUGCAGAGUGGCGGCGCAAAGAGUCCUUUCGAUCCAGUCACGGGACCGUCUCUGACGGUAACAGACGGAGCUACGGCUGGGCUGCAACAAGCGCAGCUACAACCUGUUCAAGGGACUGGUGGCGCUUCGUCUUCCUCCGCAGCUGCGCCUCGGAGAAGCCAAAAAAGCGUUACCUUAAGCGCGAACGAUGCGGAAGAUGGUGCCGGCGGCACGACAAGCGGGAAUAGGAGAAGGAGCAGCUUGUACCGGCAAGCGACUCCAGCAGUGCGGAAAUCGCAGCAGGCAGGAGCUGGUGCGGGAUUUUCCUCAGGAGUUGUUGCGCAACGUGUACUGCAGAAUGACGAUGACAGUGGACACGGUGACCAGCAGGAGGAGACAUCAGACCCGACAACUCUCCGGACCAGCGCUCUGUACGAUCGAUCCCCCGCAGCUGACCAAACUCUAGCAUCUAGCCGCGCGCGCUUCGUUGCGCGCAUAGUUUUCAAAAAGAACCUGCAGCUGCUUUUCAAUUACCUGCUUGCGUGGCGCGGCCUGACACUGCGGAUGAGCCGGCGACGCCCGGGCUUGCAACCCCGAGUGGACCACACCGGGGCUGUGCAGACCCGCAGACCGCGAGGCACACCACCGGUCUCCUCGUUUUCACGACCGCCGACCCAGGACACGAGCAAGCCCGAGCGUAUGCGGGUGCACUUCUCGCACGUGCUGGAGAACAUUGGCCGGCUGCUGUACCAAAUGCUGCUGGAGCGGCGCGUGAGCGACAUGUUUCACUUUUGGCGUGCGGAAACGGCGCAGCGGCGCUUUCUGCAGGCUCGCGUCACGGCGGAGGAGGCGACGGCCAAAUUUCAAGCGGCGGUUCGCAAGCUCGCCGCGGUCGAAACGGAGCUGAAGGCCACCCGGGGCUCGAUGCCGCAACUGUGCGCCGAGCUGCAGGAAAGGGUCGCGCUUCUGGAGUGGAAUUACGUCGGCGAAGUGAACUCGUUGUGCGAGAAGCACGCCGCGAACUUGAACGCGGUAAAGCGAGAACAGGAGGAAAUGCUUCGCACAAAAAAGCAAGCCGUGACCACUUUGCACACGAUGGAACAAGAGAAGCAGCUCUUGGAGAGCGAAGUUCGGGAACUGCGCCGCGGUGCGGGCAUAUUCAAUCCCGGCGGGGGGCUUUCUACGCGGGCAUUUUCAUCGUCGUCCGGUCUCAAUAAAAACAACAAAGGCAGCGCGUCUGGUGCUGGCGCGCCGGACAGCCCACUUUGCCCGUUCACACAGGACACGUGCCCCGAUGGGAAUGCCUGUCCGGUGCACCAUUCGCAAAUGCUCCGAGUAGUGCGCAACGGCGGAGUCGGAACGUUGCGCGACAUGCAGGCUGGAGGCUCGAGUUCCUCGAGUAGUCCAUUGGACACGACGUUGCUGCCCCCGGGGAAUAGAAUGGCACGGGAAAACUCCUUGACGCGCCGGGCGGAAGUGCUCGCUUUCCGCGAUGGCACUCGGGCGAUAGAGGAAGAAAUGCAGGAAGAGAAGGUAGUUUUUUUCGUCACGUUCGUACAACUACCUUGUUUGGACUUCUUGGUAAGAACAAGCUCGUAUGUAUUGGCUGUUUCGACUUUUUCCGUGCUCAUCUCAAGCAUAUUUUCUACCGGUACGCCGGAAGAAAAAUAUACCUUCCAACCCACGAAUGACAAAAUAAAAGAACAAAACCGAAACAGCCUCCAAAGUCCCCGGCGCAGCAGCGGCUCGAGACGCUCGGCGAUGUUCCGGGCUCGCCGCGCCGCGUCCGCGACGACAUACGCGAGAAAAUCUUGGUGCGACACGAGGGCGCUCGCGAGGAAUACGUCGCAGGUGUAAAGCAGCGAAUGAAGGAGCACGACCCAAACGUGGACGACUACGACGUUGAUGCACUACCGGUCAGUGCACCGAGAAGCGCAGUUCAUUCUCCGUCUUCAAAAACGCGGAAUGUCCGGCCGAGCACAUUCGAGCUGGAUGGUAAAUCGCACUUUUCUCCAACGGGUAGAGGUAGAAAUAAUCGGAGACGGUACCACGUGGAAGAGGACGUUUUCCGUGGCCUGCUGCAACAGCAGCAGGAGGAGCAGCGGCAGGUUCGCUUAGCAAGUGAGCGCGAAGACGGCGACGCCAGGUCCUCACGAAACGCCAGCGGCGACCUCUUGGAAGUUGCGAUCGGCGACAUGCAUCGUGCUUUGCGGGACGGACAGAAGGUCAUGCGCUCGAAUCCGUCAAGUCCAGGCAUCUCCACCUCUCAACAUGUGCAGCAGCAGCAAAACUUGUACCAGAAAGGCAGUAGGGGUCCGUCACCGAACAGUCAACAACAACACAACAAGCUCUCCCUUUCUUCGAUGCGGGCUGUGGAGGGAAAUUUUCCGGGGGGCGCGAUGCAGGAAGUCUACGCAAGGAAAGUAAAUCGAAAGCUGGACGCCUUCGGGGAAACGGGGUUCUUGGCGGCUUCCGACAUCGAGAAUCAGGUGGACACACAAACCGUCUACCAGGUGAACUGGCAAGAAUCCCGCGAGGGGUCGCCCGCACGAGAAUUAGACGGAGUUGGUGCACCUGUUGAAAACGGCGAGGAUGUAGGCGGGGAGAAUGACCAGAUCAUGAUGUCUCAGCGUGCCGCGCAGCUCACCAACUCCGGGGUGUCGCGCUCGAGAGCCUCGAGCGGCGGCCUGGAGCUGUCCUCUGCGGGAGCCUCCUCUGCGCGAAACAGUCGAACGCAAAUUUCCCUGAAGAGCCACGCGCAUCAGCUGCAAAAUCGGAGGCUGCUGGAGGAGCAGCGGAAGAUGGAACAGCAGCAGAUGCAGCGCAGACCACCGUCCCCGUCACCACCACAGAUGACAGGAGAUCCUGGACGAGGCCCAGUUGGGACAACUGCAGCAGGAUCCUCAAGAGGUAGACAGUACGAACAAAACCGUCCUCCUGGGACUACGAACACGCAACCCGCCCCUCUUGUCGACAGCGACGUACGUGCCGAAAUUCUGGCCAAGGCUCGCGAAGCGCGGAAGAAGAAUUUCGCGCAACAGCAGUCCCGCAUCGACAGUAAGGAGCCAGCGUCUCCAACUGGUGUGGACCGGAAAACCAAGCCGAUGCUGUUUUACCCUCACGUUUCUGGAGGGGGUGACGUCCUCGUUGGUAGCAAAACUACUGCUGGUGGCGGUGAUCUCUCACUGCAAGAUCACCCGCCUCAAGUUUUACCUCAACAGGCCCCCGUGGUCAAAAAAACACAUACAAAUCCGCACUCAUUGAAGGAACAUCAGCAACUGUUGCUGGAGAUCGAAGAGUCGCCGAAUAACGGCACGAACGGCGUCGCUGCCGAACUCCCAGGAGCAGCUGCAAGUGCAGCUUCCCAGCCCAUCGAGGACAUGUUUGUGAACGAAGACGGGGAGAAGUUGUUUCAAAUCGAACACAAACCGGAUGAGGACGUGUGGGACUUCAGUGGCGUCCGGAAAUACCUCCGCGACACCGACCGCUUCGUUGAGGAGUAUUCCCACUUAUUUCCCGGGCUGACGGAAAAUGUGAACGCUCUGGAGCACCGGAAGCUCGUCGGAGCACGCGCUGCGUCAAAGACGUCGGGCGGCGCUGGAGGAGCGGGUGGAGGUCCUGGAGCGCAACAGAAUCAGGGCAGGUAAGGUUAAGAGUGAAGUAGAAAACAAGGCGAUAAAAGUUGUAUGCGCAAAUUUGUAGUUUUGAUGAUGUUGACGAUGUUGAUGAAGACGACGAAGCUGUAGGCACAGGACCGAUAACCCCAGCGCUUCAUCCUUCCCCGACGACCACGACGAUGGAAAUCACAUUCAGGUCGGCUUCUGCCGUGGGACCGAGCAAGGGCUUUACCGCAAUCGCGCCUCAAGCCGGAGCACCGUCCUCACGAGGCGGAAUGCGCAUACCCAUAGCAAUACCACCCGAAUUCGACUUCUGAGCGUGCACCUGAAGGGGCUGAAAGAAAGGGGAUCGCUGCGUUAUCAGCCUACUCUCAUCUGCAACUCGCAAACCAAAGAAACUUCUUUGAUA